CACAAGUCUACAUAUUCAGUCUGUCAAUUGUAAUUCACAAACGUACACCCACUCAUUUUGUAAAGAAUUUUGUUUUAAAACUAUUGGACUAUCAAGGUCAAUGGAAAGAGCACUUUCUAACCAGUAGAAUUUAUUUACGUUCCAAAGUUAAAAUGGCAGUAAAUUUAAAAAGAUACCUGAUGUGUGUUUGAACAUUGAAUUACCUGAUAAAAUUAUCACUGGUGGAAGUUAUUUUCCACCUUAUCUUAGUUUCAACGAAAAACAUUGUGUUCAACUGUGACUGAAACAAGUCAAAGUGAAGAAUAUUUAAGAUUAUGCCUCACGUAGGACAAAUAGUAUGCUUUCUUAUCGACAGACUAACAAUUAUCUAUCUGUUGGAUUUGAUUUCUUUCUACCUGUUCAGUACAACAUUGAUUACUUCGAUUCAACUGGUUUUGAAUUUACCGAAAUGGUCCAUCUUCAGUUAUUUAUUUAAAAAAUGGUUAAUAUUCCGUUGCCUGUUAUUCGGUUGGAGAAGAUAUAAAGUUUAUCAGCGACUAAAGAAGAAGAAGGAUGACAUACUUGACAAGCAUGGUCGAUUGUAUAAUAAAUUUCAAGGUCUUCAUAAUAAUCCAGACAGUCAUGCUGAAAUACAAGAUCUUAACAAUAACAAAAAUAACAAUAAUAAUGAAAUGACUGCACUAACUUUAAGUCAAUUACGUGAGAAGUUAGAUAAUAAAAGUCUUCAGUCAAUCGAUUUAUUAGAUGCAUAUCAAGUUCGUGCAUUGGAAUUAGUUCGCUCAAAAUUAAAUUGUAUUACUGAAAUUGUGUAUGAAGCUGAUGUCUAUGCUAUAUUAGCUGAUUCUAUGCGUGAUUCAGAGGAUGGACAAAUCAGUUUAAUUCACGGAAUACCUAUUGCACUUGAAGAAAUAUUUCCUAUCCAUGGUUAUGAUCACACAAUGGGUUAUACAAUAUGCACAAAUCGUGCUGCUGAAGAUGAUUGUGCUCUUGUGAAAGCAUUACGCGAUUGCGGUGCAAUUCCAGUGAUACUGACAAAUGUAAAACAAAAGCUUUUGAGUCUGUCAGCAGAUAAUCCAAUAACUGGAUUAACAAGUCAUCCUACACAUCCUGGUAGAGCAUGCGUCAGUGGUACAGCACCUUUACUAGCUCACAACGGCUGUCCAAUAGCUGUUGGUUUCGAUAUACUUGGUGAAGCUCGUCUAUCUGCUUCAUUCUGUGGGAAGGCAGCGUUUAAACCGACUUCAGGCAGAAUGAGUCUGAAGGACUUGCAGCUGCCUAUUGGAUUACCUGAUUGCUUGCAACCAGUUCCAUCUCCUAUAGGUCAUAAAAUUGAAGAUUUAGUGGACAUUCUACGAAGUCUUUGGUCUAAAAGCAUAUUUUCUCAUGACUUUACGCUACCUCCGAUGUUUUUCAACAAUGAGAAAUAUCUAUCAAUUUCAAAAUCAGAGAGAAAAUUGAAAAUAGGCUUUUAUACAGAUUUUGAUGAUCUAGUCAAUGCUUCUUCAUCUGUACAACGUGUUAUGUUAAAACUUCGUGAUGAGCUUGAAAGAAAAGGACAUGAAGUGGUUGAUUUUAAAUUACCAACACCAAGCAAGGCAUACCAGUUAACCAUAAGUUUACUGGCCAGGUAUGUGGAACCGGAAUUAUUGAAACUGUUAUAUAUUCGUGGUAAUGGUGAUAUUUUAGUAGACUAUAAGCAGCGUCUUUUGCAUUUAUUCCAUGCAUUGCCAAAGUUUCUUAGACACAGAAUUUCUGAAUGGCGUGCAAGCAGUGUUGAAAAUGACUAUCCAGCUACAGCAGUAGUUCUACGUGGUUUAGGCUGCAAUCAAGGACAUAAUUCACUGAUCACAGAAAUUAACAAUUACAAGCAACAGGUAUUCUCGCAAUGGAAUGAAGCAGAACUUGAUGUAUUAGUGUGUCCAACCUCUCCGAUACCUGCACCAUGGAAUGAUAGUCCAUCGUAUGUAACAAACUGUGUUCUACCAUUCACAUGUUUAUAUAACCUACUUGAUUGUCCAGCUGGUACUGUUUAUGCAGGACGUGUUGAAAAGUGUGAUUUACGAGCAUGUGAUAAUAAUCUAAAUGGCAGUUUCAAAAUCUCUCCAACAAACAUAAUGUUUUCUGAACAGCAUAAACGAUCCGAAGGUUUGCCUAUUGGUGUACAAGUUGUUGCAAAGCCUUGGGAUGAUGAGACAGCUCUUGGACUACUUGUCAGCCUACAAUCUUUAUUUAACCAGUAAUCUUUAUUUUUUGUUGAUUUAGGAUUCAGUAAGAUGGUUGUAGUAUCGUUGAGUGUUGCUUGUAAAAAUGAACAAAAGAUGUAUGAGCUUUUCAGAGACAUUGUAUGGCACUAAGAAUAACUGGUUUCCUAUGAUUUAUUUAGGGCUGUGUAAUUUUUGUUUGUCAUAAUAAAUUCCUUUCGAGAUUCUUCACUGUUCUGUCACAUAAUUUACCUCCUGAUUUGAAGUGAACGAAAUACACCUCGUAGUUGCCGUUUGAUGGUCACAUAGUUCUGUGUAUAUACAUUUAUUUAAAUAAAAUAUUUCAUGUAUCUAUAUGUACACCUGCUUAUUUGGAGUUUAUCCCAAAGUUGUGUAUGAUAAUAUUGUUUUGGUUUUUGCUUUUUAUAUUCCCUAGUUUCACUACAAAGAAACUUGAUUCUUCAUACAUAUAUAUAUUUCUAGUUUACUAUAUAGAGAUUUCUUAUCUUUGUAAUAAUAGCUUUAUUCCGAACAACCUG